AUGUCUUCACCAGUUAAAGGAGGCUUUGUACAACGUUAUAAAGCUGGAUUUUCUUACAAAUGGAAAACUAAUUAUGCUAUUUUAUAUUCUGAUUCAACACUCGAAUUUUUUAAAAAUCGGGGUGAUGGAAGCCCUGUCGAAACAAUUUUUCUGAAAAAUGUUGUUCCAUACACUUGUGUUGGAUCCAUGUGUGAUUGGAUGCAUCGCCGUCGUCCAUUUCUAUCGCAAGGUGUAUCUGUUCAACGUUUGGUUGGUAUUGGAAUGGGUCAGCGAGCCUCAAAAGUUCAUUGGAUUCUUUUUCAAUCGGAAAACAUUUUAGAAGAAUGGAUCAAUGCCAUUAUUUCAACUUUACCUCCACCACCAAAGCCAAUUGGUUGGUGUGUAAAUCCGCCAGCCGGUGCUGGUAAUGCACUCCAAGUCUCUCUUCGAGCUUACGGGUUUGGUCGCCAUUUUGCCACACGUGGAGGGAGGGGAAGGGGUAAUGGAAGAAGAUAUAGUGGUGGCGGAAACGAUGAUAAUGGUGGAGGGAAUACUUGGGAUUAUGAUGGUGGAGAUUAUGGUGGUGGUGGAUGUGAUAGUGGUUGGGGUGGAGGUUUUGAUAGUGGUGGCGGUGGAUGUGAUAGUGGUGGAGGUGGUUGUGAUAGCGGUGGUGGCGGUGGCUGUGAUAGCGGUGGUGGCGGUGGUGGUGGAGAUUGAUGAAUAUUAUCAUUUGAGACGAGAUAAAACAUUUACAAAAAAGAAUAUUGUUAUGGUACUAUACUCCUACUCAUUUAUUAGGGCGAUAAAAAGGUUCUACUGUAUGUCA